AUGAUGUCUGCUCUGGAUCAAUGUUCUCUGUUUACCUUCCUCAUUAAGAUCAUUAAUGCAAAGACUGCCAUUGAUGUUGGUGUAUUCACUGGAUUAAGUGCACUCACUGUUGCAUUGGCAAUGCCCGAUGAGGGUCUAGUGAUUGCUUGUGACGUGUCCACAGAGUAUACGGAUCAUGCAAAGAGGUUCUGGAAGCAGGCUGGAGUUGAUCAUAAGAUUGAUUUGAGGAUUAAGCCGGCCACUGAGACUCUCCAGGAGUUGAUCGAUCAAGGCAAGGAGGGAACAUUCGACUUUAUCUUUAUCGAUGCCGACAAGACAAACUAUGAUUCCUACUAUGAGCUCUCACUAAAGCUCAUCAGAAAGGGUGGUAUCAUUGCAUUGGACAAUGUCUUCUUCCACGCUGAAGUACUCAAUCCGACUGAGCCCAAUGGUCAAGCCAUUGACCAACUCAACAAAAAGGUUGUUAAUGACAAGCGUGUACUGAUCACCAUGCUGGGCAUUGCCGAUGGAUUAACCUUGUUGACCAAGUUG